AACAGUAGCAAUGAAGUAAACGACAUCUCCCACAACUUGUUAAGAUGCAUGAAAUAUUCUGCCUUAAGAAAAAGUCUUUGUAAAAAAUUAAAAAUUGUCGAACCAAACAUUUCCUACUCUUUUAAUCAUUUUUCCUUAAGCUUUUAAGUACUUUGUUAACUGCAACCUAUCGGCAUCCUAGAAAUAACUGGAACAGACUCCGGUCGUUGUUGUUUUGUUAUAUAUUCUAUUAUACUAUUAUUCAAAUUGUGAUAUAUUGAAGCGUUGUUUUCGAAACAUCAGGUUUAAUCAUCUUGCAUUAGUGGAAAUUUUAUGGCAAAAUGAGAAUGUUUUAAAAAUAUUCGUUAUUUUUGACAUAUGCCUGUUUAAAUUCAGUUGACAGUUCAACUUUUUCUUAAGAACAGUAUAUGAUGUCUGGAAUUAUUGCUGUUCAUGUUGGUGCUGGUUACCAUGGUGCAGCAUUACGAACUUCAUUCAAAGAAGCUUGCGAGCAAGCAUGCCAGACAGCCAUUCCAAUGCUUCGAAGUGGCUGUCAUGCUGUUGAUGCAGUGACAGAAGCAGUAGUAGUUCUUGAAAAUUGCCCUCUGACCAAUGCUGGUAUUGGUUCAAAUCGCACUCUUACUGGUGAUAUAGAAUGUGAAGCCGGAGUCAUGGAUGGUGAUAGUAUGAAUUAUGGUGCAGUAGGAGCAUUACAUAACAUAAAAAAUCCAAUUAAAGUUGCCAGAGCAGUAUUAGAAGAGCAACGCCAAGGUUUCCUAACUGGUGGCCGCAUUCCUCCUUGUGCGAUUGUUGGCGAAGGAGCUUUAAAUUGGGCUUUAGACCAUGGAUUUACUUGGGUUGACGAGAGUGAUCUUAUAACAGACAUGUCUGAAAAAAAUUAUAAAACAAACUUAGAUUUAUUAGUAGAAGGAGAAAGCACAUCAACAUCAGCUGCUCAAGCUAUUUAUUCUUCAUCAGGCAUGGUUUGUUCAUAUCCAUUUGGAAAUGAAAAAUUGUUAGAUACAGUUGGGGCAGUUUGUGUCGAUUCUUUUGGAAAUGAUAAAUUGUUAGAUACAGUUGGGGCAGUUUGUGUCGAUUCUUUUGGAAAUGUAGCGAGUGCUGUUUCAAGUGGUGGUCUGAUUAUGAAACAGCCUGGAAGAAUCGGACAAUCAUCCAUCUAUGGCUCGGGUUGUUGGGCAGAAAAUUCUUCAGAGUAUUGUAAACCGAGUGUAGCUUGUACUGCUACUGGGGCUGGAGAAUACUUGAUCAAAACAUUAUUUGCCAGAGAAUGCUAUAAUAAAUUACAUGAAAAAUAUGACUGUGCCUCAGCUCUUCAAGAUGUUUUUAGAGAAAAAUUUGUUAACAGUCCCUUUUUAAGAGAUGUUAAAUUUAAAAUUGCUGGUGUUUUGUCUCUGAAACAUUAUAAACAUACCAAUUUAUGUGAAAUUGAUUGGACACAUAAUACAAAAACCAUGAUUGUUGGUUAUGGCUGUACAAAAGACAGAAAGAUAGCUACUCUGGUAUCAGAGCAGCCUUUUGAAAAUGUUAACAUUCACGGAAGCGGAGUAACUAUUGCUGGUUAAUUCUUUAUUUUAUAUUUCAGUUCCGAAUGGUGUAGUCAAUCCCUUAUAAUUUGGUACUAUUUUGUAUUUUUACCUCCCCCCCCCUCCAGCAGUUCAGAUCUGUGUAUAAAUUUCUGUAAAUGUAGUAUAUACAUAUCUAUAAAAUAAAUGUAUACUUAUUUAUAAAUACAAUGAACAAUUGUUAUGUCAUUUUAAAAUCCUUGUUAACUGAAUGUGAAUAAAAAUCUGAUAUAAUCUGAAAUUAUUCAGAAUUUAAAAAGAAUGUGCAUGUAUUUUUAAGUGAUUUCAAAACUAAAGAAGCCAUAUAUAUUACUUUUUUUCUAAUGUUUCAUUACAUUUUUCCAUUCUAGCUAUUUUUGGCAACCCGCUUUUUUGCCCAGAUUAUUGAUCAUUUAGACUGUUGUAAAUAGGGAAUGCUUUUUUAAAAUGUUAAUUUUAUUUUAUAAAACUGAAAAGCAUGAAUUAAGCUGACUCUGUCUGCUAUUAAAAUGUAUUUUCUACAAAACAAAAGUAAAAAUCCUGCUUUGGAGUUAAGAAAAGUGAUUUUUUAAAUCUUAAUUGUAACAUUGGCAAUAGCAUGCGAUUGAAUGUUUGAUAUAUGAGUUUGAACUUCAAACAUACCAUUAAAAAUUUUGCUGCAGAUUGUGUUUAAAAGUAAAGAAAAUGAUUAUAUGGAAAUGAGUUGUUAUCAUUAAAAAGGUUAAUUUCUUUAGUUUCAAGAUAAUAUGAAUUUUUUUUUCUGGGAUUAUAGUUUAAAAAGAUAUAAACACUUAUUUAAAUAGGCAAAUCACAGUGAUUACCUGUCUGGAAAUAAUAUACAUUCAAUUAAAUCUUCUGUGUGUGACACCUGUUUUCAAGCAUCCUGAUUUCUUUUACAUAUUCCUUCUUGUGACUGAAUGAAAGUUUUAGAGACUCGGGAGAAUUUCUAAUAUUAUUUUGUCUAAUUUCCUGCAAUUUCCAAUAAUUUUUUUGCUGUUUUCCAUUAAUUAGCUAAUUGAAUUAAGUGCAGUAUAAAAAUGUUCAAUGAAGUAAUUGGAAACAUUUAUGUGACAACUUAUUUAUAUUUGACAAUAAGUGAUACAAACGACUUCUGUAUCAGGUACGUUUACAUUUUGUGUGUG